AUCAAACGGGCAAGACCAUUAGGUAAAUAACCACUAUAUUUUUUAAAGUUGAAUACAAAAUUUGGUUUAGUAUUUUUAACGCAUCUAUUACAAACUAGACAUUAAAACAGUAUUCCACUGAAGUAGUACAGCUUAAUUGCCUUCAUAAGGGUAAGAAUUUCAUAAAACUAGAACGAUCCUAGGGUUAUGUUGCGAAUACCGAAACCACGUAUCCGGAAUUUUUACGUUCAGGAUGGUGUGGCUUACACCGAGGAUCGCACUAUUGUGCGUCGGGUGAUAAUCGGUUCGCUCUUUCCUUUCUCAAUUGAGUCUCUCGAAAAGUAUUUAUCUCGUUUUGGGACAACAGAGGAGAUCCGAUGGGAUGUGAAUAAGCGUGAGGGAUCGGUGCUGUUUAAAGAGCCCACCGAAGCGGCCAAGGCUUUGUAUUGUGCUAAGCACACCUUAAAUGGCAAAAGUUUUCUUCUGCGAGCCAGUAGGUCCUGGGAACAACCGGAGGAGGAGGAGGAACUGGGCAGACAGAGUGCUUACGAUUUGCCCAUCGUCGAUGACAUUUGGUGCAAGGUGUUGGACUACCUGCCCCUGGACAGCCGUCUCAACUUUGCCGCCAGUUGCCAAAGAUUCCAGUCGAUAUACGAACUGGAAUCCCAACGUCUCAAUCAUGUCCUUAAAAUGAAGGAUGUCUGCCAAUUGACCGAAUGGAAUAUAAGGCGAAUGAUGCGACUUUCGGGAAAACAUAUUCGCCGUUUGGAAGGUGGACCGCUUCACCCGCGUUGGUCGCUCUUGAAGCAAUUUGUCCAGCUACUGGGUGUUAGCUGUCCUAAUCUGGCAGAACUUUGCCUUCACCGAAUUCCGCUGAAUCCGGACCACAUGUCUUAUCUAUUUCAAAACACUAGUGGUUUGGAAAAUAUAAUUAACCUCUCGCUGCGACGUUGUGAAAUUACAGAUAGACAUCUGCUUUGCUUAGGAUCCCUUACUAACCUGCGAACUCUGGAUCUUGAAGAAAACCCGGGUCUUCUGGGCGACACUUUGGGAGCUCUGCCACAUUCCUUGCAGGUUCUGAAGCUUUCAGGCUGUGAGAAUCUUGAGCCCACCCGUCUUUCUAAUCUAAGUGCUCUACCGCUCCUUCGCGAAUUGCGAUGUAGUGAAAUUCACAUGCGCAAUUUUAACCGCGACUGGAUGAACGAGGAUGAGGUGGCUGCGGUGGCUGCAGACGAGCAUGUCUAUCGGGAGCUGGUUAAGAGCUGUCCAAUGUUGGAGGUUCUCGAAAUGUCGGUAUGUCCAUAUAUGGACGAGAGGCAAUUGAGCGGUCUACCGCAUUUGCGCACCUUGGUCCUUCGUGCAGUAGACUUGGAGCCGCAACCCUACCAAGUGGACAACUCGAUGCUGAUGGCCCUUGUGGAGGUGGACUCGCUGCGCCAUCUAGAGUUCCGGGAGGCCGGUCCUGGUUUCGUGGAUGCAUUCGGCCUGAAGAUCAUCUCCAAGCUAAAGGAACUACGAACUCUGAUUUUACGCAAUCAGAACUUUAAGGCGGAUGAGCUGCGGGAACUGCGUAAACUUAAUGCCUUGGAGUUUCUGGACCUCAGUGAUUCGCCCCAUCUAUCCAAUGAGAUCAUAGCGGAAUUGGCUAAAACGUUGGGAAAGCUGCGACGAUUAAAAAUAAAGCGAUGUCCUCUUAUCUCUCGGCGGCUGACGGAAAUCCUCAAGGAAAACCGCUUGGUUGAAGUAGACGUUUAAGGUGCCACCUCCUCACUUUAGAGGAAAU